GUAUUUUCUCGUCAAGUGGCAAGGCUUCACAGUGGAGGAGGCAACAUGGGAGCCACUCAGACACAUGAACGACAACUGCCGCGAGCUCAUCGCGAAGGGCGCGUACGAGCCCGCGGUGUCGCACCGCGCGGCCCCCGCGCCGUCGGAGCAGAGGAGACCCGCGCAGCUGCGCGCCCCUGGCGGCGCCGAGCCGGACUCGCUGAAGCGGGCGGGCAGCGGCGCCCAGGCCGGGAGCCAGCCCAAGAGGCCGCGGCCGCAGGCGGCGCAGCCGAACGGCGCGGCCCAGCACGCCUCGUCAGGCUCCGUGCCGGCCCCCCCGCCGCCCCCCGCGGCGUCGGGCGCUCCAGGUGACGUGCCGAAACCGCCGCCGCGGCCAGCCGCUGGCGGAGGCGAGGCCGCCAGGAAGCAGCAGGCGUGCGAGCUGAAGUGCAUCUGCGGCGCGGCGGAGAAGGCUGCCCGUUGCACUGUGGCCGCGCCCACGGGCCUCGGGCAGCUGUCCCCAAUUGGGCGGCACGCUGCGGCCCUGUGCCUGUCCACGGCCGCGGCGCCUCACGCGCGUGCGCCGGGGACGUGCCUCGGGCGCGCCGCGGGACCUCCGUGA